CCGGGCCAGAAGGAGCUCGCAAAGCAGAAGCCCCUCGGGGAGACGAAGAAAGGCGGUGAGCCCUCGGGGGAGGCCGCAAAACGAAAGGCCGCCGGCAAGGCCCCAGUCCCCGAGGGGAAGAAACAAAAGAAGGGGGACGCCGGGAAGAAGGCUCCCUUGGUGUUGGUGGUGGAUGAGCAUUCUGCCUCGGAACCCAGUGCUCCGACUGCUCCUUGCCCGCCCUCCGGCAAAGGUGGCGAGGUAAGCUUGCCUCGGGAGGACAUACAGUUCUCCCUGCCGAAGGGGUCUGCCAUCACGCAUGGCACAGUGGACCCCCGGGAAUUUCUUGGCGGGGCUACACCCGCUCUAGACAGGCGGGCCCUCGGGAAGCUGGAUGACGAAGCCCUCGAGUCCAAAAUCCUCCGGUCCUCUCUUACCGCUUGCAUAGCCCUCGGCGAACACGCCAGGAGAUUCGACGAAUGGCGCCUCCAGAGGGCGCAACAGGAAGAGUCCCUCAAGAAGCUCAUCCACGAUAACGCUGAGGCCAUGAGGCAGAUGGCUCAACUGGAGAGGGACCUCCAGCAGGCGAGGGCGGAAGCAGAGAGAGCCUCCCGGGAGAGGGUGGAGAUGGAGAAGGCGGCUGCCGAGGCUGCGAAGAAGGCCCUUGAAGAUGCCGAGGCCACCAAAGCAGAGGCCGCCGCUGCUGCAGUUGCUGCCUUCAUGACCGAGGGUUGGAAGGCCGAAGGCCAUAAAGACUGGGUGGCCUCGGUCAUGGAGAGUUCUGCCGAGGGGUGGGUGAAGGGCCCCGGGGCGAUGUGGCUAGCCCGAAAGGGCGAAGAUUACUACGCCGGGGGGGAGUUCUUCACCCAGGCCCUGAUCUACAGGAGGCUCGCCCGGCACCUGAAGAUAGAGCCAACGGCCUUCAACCCGGCGGCGUACGGUCUCCCCCCCCCCCCUCCAGCCUGAUAUCAGAGUCCCCCUCCCCGAGGGCGUCGAGAGGCCGGAACUGGAGGAUUCAGAACUCCUGAAAGAGGCUGAGGGCGAUGAAGCAGAGGCGGAUGCGGAGGUCAUCUCGAAGCAUGCGGAAGAAGCGGCCCCCGGGAAUGACGUUGUUUGAUGUGUAAUCUGUACUCAGUAUUUUGAACUCUUUGUAAUAGCCACAUUAGCAUGUUUUUAGCCUCGGCCACCAUUGUAAUAACUACAUUUACUCUUUGUUGUGAUGAAUGAAUGAUUGCCUUCGGGCUUUGUAUAUAUGGCUUGUUUUCCUU